CUUGGGCUCAGGUAUAUCUGGGCAGCACCGGGGGCAGCAGGGGGGUGGGCGAUGGCAGCGGCGGCGGUGCUGGUGGUGCUGGUGGCAGCGGUGCUGGCGGGGGCCGAGGCGCAGUGCCCGACCCCCUCCGACCUGCGGACGGCCAACGGCACCCGCAUCUGCGCCCAGCUCUACACCGACAACAGCGCCUACUACGACCAGUGCUGCGGGGGGUCCACCCUCGUGGUGUACCCCGGCUCCGACGUCCCCUACAUGCCCCAUGGCUGGUCGCCACCCGUCUCUUCCUUGGUGGUGGGCACGCGCUGCGAGCUGACCGUCUGGUCUCGGGCCGGCAAGAAGGGGAAGACUCGGAAUUUCGGGACCGGCGCGGUGCCGCGGUUGCAGGAGGUGCGGCGGGGGCUCUUCAGCGACUGGAACAACGCCAUCAGGGGCUUCUACUGCCAGUGCCGCUGAGGCAGGUGGCACGGGGCGGCGCGGGUCAACACCAGUCAACAUGAGUCAGCACGAGUCAACGCAGGCCAAUGCGAGUCAACACAGGCCAAGACAAGUCAACAUGAACCAACACGAGUCAACGUGGGCCAAUACAAGUCAACAUUAGCCAAUACAAGUCAACGACGUCCAACACAAGUCAACCUCGGCCAAGACAAGUCAACGUGAGUCAACGUGGCCCAAGAAAAGUCAACGUGAGUCAACAGGGGCCAAGACAAGCCAACGUGGGCCAAGACAAGCCAACACAAGUCAAAUUGAGUCAACGCGGGCCAAGACAAGUCAAUGUGAGUCCACACAGGUCGCCGUGAGUCCACAUGGGUCAAGGCUGACAGAUGUGAGCUGACACGUGUUGAUGUGGCAGUGCCACCCCCGCCUCCGCCCCCCCCCCCCCCCAACCUCGCACAGCUCCGAGUGCAGCCAAUAAAGCCUGGAGGCUGCAGCAGCUCCUGCCUCACGGGUGCUUUAUUGGGGUGGAAGUGGGGUGGGGUGGUGGGCAGUGGCCCCCCGGGUAUCUUUGGGCAGGGAGAAGGGGGGU